AUGCCUCCACAGCUCAGUGAGGCUGUCCAUAAGGAUACCAUGGUCAAUGCUAUUAAAAGCCAGUAGAAUCCACAGGAACACAUUAUUUCUAGGUCUCUAUGUAGGCCAUCUACAAAAGUGGCCAAACCAGGCCUGAAACGAGAUGAAAUGGAUCCAGCAGAUAAUCAUGGUGCUCAGGAAGGAAAAUGGCAGCAAAAAGGGAAUUAAUUCCUGCUCACAAUUGGAUUGCCUUGCCUCAUCAGUAGACUUUUUUUUCAGCAGUGGUGAGGCCUUCAGUUCUGGAGAUUCCAGCUGUUAUCUGGAAAAUCAUCAAGAAGUAUCGAUGCAGGUUUCAUCUUCUGUGACAUAGUGGUAUUCCAGUGCAAGCGGGUCUUGAAGGCAGUGAUUUGGCCAGAUGCAUGCUGCGUCUCCAGAUGGCACAGAACAGAAGACAAUGCUGGCAGAAAGUGUUAUACAAGAGGCAGCCGUUUCCUGAUAACUAUGUGGACCGAAGCUUUCUAGAGAAGCUACGCAAAAAUGUCCAUGCACGUAAAUACCAGUAUUGGGCAGUGGUAUUUGAAUCUGGACUGGUGAUCCAGCAGCUGUGCAGUGUGUGUGUCUUUGUUGUCAUCUGGUGGUACAUGGAUGUGGGACUGCUAGCUCCCCAGUGGUUGUUUGGAGCUGGAUUGAUCUCUUCACUAAUCGGCUAUGUCCUCUUUGAUGCAGUUGAAUCAGGAAUAGGAAAAAGUCAGAGUGACCAGUCACAGUGGGCUGAUCUGAAGAAUGCUGUGGUAUUUGUGGCUUUCACCUAUGGCUUCUCUCCAGUACUGAAGACUUUAACAGAGUCCAUCAGCACAGAUACGAUUUACGCUAUGUCUGCCCUUAUGCUGCUAGGACACUUGAUCUUCUAUGACUAUGGAGCCAAUGCUGCUAUUGUGUCCAGUACACUGUCUCUCAAUAUGGCCAUCUUUGCCUCUGUCUGUUUGGCCUCACGGCUUCCUUGUUCCUUCCAUGCCUUUGUCAUGGUGACAUUUGCUAUCCAGAUAUUUGCCCUGUGGCCUAUGCUACAAAAGAAGCUCAAAGCUCAGACUCCGCAUUGCUAUAUGGUCAUUACCUUGCUCUUUGCUAUGUCUGCCUUGAUGGGACUGCUGACCAUCUCCAGUGUUGGUACUGUUCUUUUUGCCCUCCUUCUGGUCUCCAUCUCAUGUUUAUGUCCUUACUGUCUCAUUAGGCUGCAGUUGUUUAAAGAUAACAUCCAUGGGCCAUGGGAUGAAGCUGAAAUCAAGGAAGAUCUUACCAAAUUCCUCAUGUAGACCAAGCCAGUCCAUUUUUUUGUUAUAUUCUUGAUCAUGUUCAGAUUGCAGCAUAAUGUAUUUCAUUUUUGUUACAGUGCUGGACAAUAAAGAUUCAAUAAUUUGUUUUGCUGUU